UUUGUAUUACUUUUAAACUUAAGAGACCAACGAAAAAGAUGCCAGAGGCGGAUCAGGAUCUGGCCAAGACUCGGCGCUUCCUGAAGGAGCGCCUGCAGCGGGACUACACCACACUGAGGGGCUACGCGGAAGAGCGCUCCAACGUGCGCCAACUGCUGCAACGCACAGCGGAAAUGGGUGAAUCUAAUUCCCUGCUGCUCAUUGGACCACGAGGAUCCGGGAAGACCACGCUCAUCAACGCCGUGCUGACGGAUCUGCUGGCCAACAAAUCGUUCGUGGAUAACACUCUAAUUGUCCACCUGGAUGGGAAUCUGCACACAGAUGACCGCGUGGCCCUUAAAUCCAUUACGGUGCAAAUGCAGCUGGAGAAUGCCGCAGACGGACGUGUCUUCGGCUCCUUUGCCGAAAAUCUGGCCUUCUUGCUGCAGUGCCUCAAGGCGGGUGGCAAGCAAUCGAAGAGCGUGGUCUUUAUACUGGAAGAAUUCGACCUGUUCUGCGCCCACCACAACCAGACGCUCCUGUACAACCUCUUCGAUGUCUCCCAAUCCGCCCAGGCGCCCAUCUGUGUGCUGGGCGUCACCUGCCGCCUGGAUGUGAUUGAGUUGCUGGAGAAGCGGGUCAAGUCGCGUUUUUCGCACCGCCAGGUCUUCCUGUUUCCCAGCUCGGAACGCUUCGAGGAGUAUGUGGCACUGUGCCGCGAGCUGUUGUCCCUGCCCAGCGGCUCUGCCCUUCAGGAGGCGGUCAAACGCAUUGGUGGCCUGCAAAAGAUCCGGUCGGAGGCGCUUUGCUUUGCGCGCAAUCACUUCGACCCCAAUGAGUACUCCUUCUCGCCGCGAGUUCGUGAAACUUGGAACAAGCAUGUGGCCAAGGUACUGGCCAGCCAACAGGCACAGCGCACCCUGCAGACGCUCUACGACUUCGACAUCAGCGAGGCCUUCCUCAAGGGCUACCUGUUUCGCCUGGUGGCCCAGCUUCGUUCCCAAUCCCCUUACAUUACUGCCGAAAAAAUGGCCGCUCUGGGUUCGCAGUUCGAAGGCGACGACAAGAUCGAGCUGCUCUGCGGGCUUUCCGUUCUGGAAUUGUGCCUCAUCAUUGCCAUCAAGCACCACUCGGAGAUCUACGAUCGCGACCCCUUCAACUUUGAGAUAAUCUUCGCCCGCUUCUCCAAGUUCGCCAAGGUGUCCACCACGAUGCAGGGCGUGGAGCGAUCGAUUGUUUUAAAGGCCUUUGAGCAUCUGCGCAUCGGGGAGCUGAUCAUGCCGCUUUCCGGCGGAGCAGGAGGCGGCGUGGGCAAGGUCCAGAAGGAGUUCGAGAUGCACAAGUUGGCCCUGACCUAUGGGCAGAUCCAGCAGGCGGUGCAGCGAUACCAGGCACUGCCCACCGAGGUGGCCCAGUGGGCGCAGAGCUCACUGAUCUAGCACUUACUCAUUCCCUUAAUUUAAUUCAUAACCCCUUUAAUUGAACACAUUAAUUCCUUAGUUGUUUGUAUUUAUUUAUUAUUUCUAGCAAAGUUU